CCUAGUAAUAACUGAUCCACAAUGUAACGACGCGCUCAGGUGAUGAAUAAAUUCACACGACUUGUCUGAUUUACAGUUAAAUGACCCUGAUAACGUUCAAAAUGAGAGUUUGUGUUACCCAUAUAAUUAUAAUUAAAUCAUAAAAAAAUUACCAGCCUACGGUCUGCCAGUCAUUACUCGUCCAUUUGAUCUGUUUAUAGCAUUUUGUACAUACGUUGUGCAUGUAAUAUCGUAUUUAUUGUAACAAUAGUAUGCGAUUAUUCGUUCAAUAAUUCCUAUAUAUGUGAGAUGGAUUCCACAUAUAUACACACAACUUCCAUGGUUUAAUGUAUCAACAAUAUUACUUAAAAUUUAGUGAAAUAUUCUAUUAUGUCUUCAGUGUUGUUUAAAUUAAUUAUAAUUGUCAUAUUAUUUACUACUACUGCUAUGAGUUGGGAUGUCCAACUUAGUACUUCUCACAUUCAUGAACUACAAAUGGGUAAAAGUGUAGAAAUUCAUUUUAAUUCUACCACUUAUGAAAAUGAUAGUGAAGAAAGUAAAAUUGAAAUAAUUAGUACAGAUUCAGAGGUAAUAAUCACAUACCCUAGAUUUUUUGAUCUACCAAAAAAAGAUCAUCAAAGUACAUGGAAUGCUAAAUUUAAUAUUACUGGGCAAUUCUUAGGUUAUGCAAAAAUUUAUUUACAAAUGGUUCAAUUUAAAAAUGGUAAUGUAGUAUCCAUUACUAAUUCCAGUAAUAGCCACAUUAGUGUGACGGUUGUUAGAGAGCAGAGAUUUAUUGAUAAAGUCUUCCUAAUUUGUGUAGUUGUUCUUAUGAGUAUCAUAUUUAUAAAUUUGGGUUGUGCCAUAGAAGCAAAACAAAUAAAAGAAUGUCUUCAAAAACCUAUUGCUCCCAUUUCUUCAUUUGUUUCACAAUUUAUUAUUUUACCCAUUAUAAGUUAUUACUAUGCAAAAUUAAUUUUUCCAAAUCAAGUUGCCAUGCAGUUAGGACUUUAUUUUACUGGAAUAAGCCCUGGUGGUGGUGCAUCAAGUGUAUGGUCAGUUCUCUUAGGUGGUAAUAUCAAUCUUAGUGUAGUACUUACAACUAUUGGAACAUUAGAAUCAUAUAUCAUGAUUCCAUUUUGGGCUACUUUUCUUGGCAGUUAUAUAUUUGCUGUAGAGGAAUUACCAGUUCCUUAUUCCCGUAUUGGAUCAUCUAUUUUAUCAUUGAUUAUUCCUCUUAUAGUUGGAGUUUUAAUCCAACGAUUUAUGCCAAGAGUUUGCAAAGUAAUGGUUCGAGUAUUAAAACCAUUAUCUAGUUUCCUUAUACUAUUUAUAAUCAUAUUUGCUACUGUCAGUAAUUUGUAUCUGUUCAAAAUAUUUUCGUGGCAAAUUCUAUUAGCAGGAGCAUUAAUUCCAUGGACAGGAUAUAUUAUCGGUUUUAUUACAGCAUAUAUUGCACAAUUACCAGUGCCAGAUAUUAUAUCAAUGACAAUUGAAUCAGGUAUACAAAAUACUGGCAUUGCUAUUUUCAUGUUGAAGUUUUCGUUGGGACAACCAGCUGCAGAUAUUACAACAGUUGUACCUGUUGCUGUUGCAUUGAUGACACCAAUUCCUUUAACAGUAGCAUUCAUUUUUAAAAAAUGUUUACAGAAAAAAAAACAAGAAGAAAUUAUAGAUGUUGCCACCGUUACAAUGUUAAAUGAAAAUAAAGAAUAGAAACUAGAUAAAUAGCUAUUGUAUAUUAGUUAAGCUCAGUAUUAAUUAUAAACUUUUUAUUUUAUUCUUAUAUGAACCAUUAUAUCUUCAUUGUAUUUUAAUAAAAAGAAUCUCAAAGAAUGUAUUUUUGAAUGAAUAAAAAAUAAUUUUUCUUGGUUUUUUUAUUAUA